GGGGCAGCAGACCCAGGGCGACCGAUGACCCAGUCAGAAGUGGAAUCGUCUGUGGAAAAUCUCGUCAAACAGUACGAAACGUCUGCUGCCGUUCCUACCACCCGGGACUUAGCUACACCCCGAAGCCUGUCCCACGAGAGCCGACAAAGUUUCAUAGAUCCGAAAUUCGCCCACAUGGGCAUAGGAAAAAGAGAUCGAUCAAAGCUGUUUAGAUAUCUCAAUCUAAGGAAUAACAAGUUGAACCAGCUCAAUUCUUUUGACGGUAUCGGAAAUGAUCUCACAUCAGACGGAAAUCUAGCUCGAAGAAAUGGCAACGAUGGAGUGCGUUAUGAUGUUCGAUCAGAGACCGAUUAUCUGGAUUCCCGUUAUCUGGACGACUCCUCUGAAGGCUCCUCUCAACCACUACAAGCAUCCACUUAUCCGGAUAACUCGCCGGAAGUCUCCUUCCAACUAUUGCCUCUGUUAGACGUCCAUAUGUCGUCUGCAAGUCCCUCGAGAAUCGACACGCUGACGAAAGACUUGUAUAUCGAACUGCUCGCAGAUGUUUUAUCAAGAGCACGCAUGAUUGCCCAGAAAAAGAAUAUGGCAGAUGGAAAAUCCCCAAACGUGAGAGAUCUGACCAUGGGACAAAAAGAACAAGAGGCAAUAGAUCAGUAUCAAUUCCCACCCGGCAUCGGAAGGUGAAAGAAUAACAGCGACAUUAGCAGCAACAGCAGCAGCAGCAGCAGCAGUAGCAGCAGCAGCAGCAGCGGCAGUAACAGCCAGAACAACAACUACAAAGUAAAUGUAAUCAGGAACAUGUUCACAAAGUUCGCGUUUUUAACAUCUUGAUCCAAUCAUAAGCCAAGUUUUUUUUUGAGUGUGUGCUUGUCCAACUUUAUUUUUCCGCCUUGUACGAAAUUAGAAGUGGAUACUUGCAAUGAAGUUAAAAUACGGAGUGAAAGCCUA